AUCUCUUCGCAAGAUGCAUUGAUUGUUUACAAUUUGAUAACAGCUUAUUGAUUCUUUCGAUAAAUCUGUAACUUUUUACAUUAUUUAUUAAGAAUUACUGGAAGACUUUAUACAAGUUAGUCUAACAAGACGAACGAAUAAUGUGAAUUGUAAAAGAAUAAAGAUAAGAGUUUGAAUCAUUCAGUCUGAAUCGAAAAUGGCAAUGAAAGUUGAAACUAAUAAACCCUACCGAGGUGCAGUGCAAGCCGAUGAGCUCCAAGCACUGUUAAAAGCCUGCGUGGACUUUGAUGUGGAAGGAGUUAGGCGAAAGGGUGGCCGCAUUGAGCCCCUUUUCUACGAUGUUCAACAGCGAAUGUCACGCUAUGGCGAUUUCCCCGAACGAAAACUGUACAGAUUACAAACGCACUACUUACAAACGGAGCGGGAUUUUCUCGAUAAAAAGCUUAAUCCAUACCCACCAGAAGCGAGGCAACUAUGGGGAACGACGGAACAUGAUGCUAAUGCUGCCCCUAAUGAUAAGCGUUGGUCCGAUUUAGUGCAGCAAAUUCAGCAACGUAAACAGAGCCCUUCGUGUGUGACUAGGAAAGAAGCUAAGGAAAUUGUCCGUCAAGCUCUGCAACGAAAUUUGGAGAAUCUUUCCGAAAACGACCAAGACAAUGUUUUCGAACAAAUUCUUUCAGAGUUGAAAAACAAGAGUUUGUUUCUAAACCGGAAUGUUGCAGUCUUAAAGCUGGCGUAUCUAAGAUUACAAAACCAAUUUCAAAAAGGGAAAGCACGCUACCUUCUACCAGAAUCUGCUCAACUGUGGCCUUUAAAUAAGCCAGAGCAAAUCAUUAUCAAAACAAAAAUAUCUUAUUCAGAAGAUGAAAACGAACCACUUUCGAAAAUGUCGGAAAGUAGUCAAAGGGAACCGUCGCCCGAACUACUGGAAACAGUAGUAGAAACUAAAAACGAGUGUCGAAUAUGCCAAGGGCGUCUUCUCGAAGAAUGUAAAGAUUUAAUACAAGAUACGUACAAUAGUCAGACAUACGGGAAAAUCAUCCAGGAAACCAUCCAAGUACAGAUCCCCUGCGAUGGCCAAGCCAGCAGUAAAAUUUGCCUAGAUUGUUCCAACUUUGUGGAAAAGAUAUUGCUCUUUGUUCAGCAAUGUCGGGAGGCUUGCAACAUUUCAAAUCUUAUAAAAUUCGAUGGAGUGUUCGUAGAAGAAAAAAGGUACGUCGCUGUCGAGGAGGACACCAUUGCAGAAACUGACACAGAGACAGUCUUUAUCGAAAACUCGGAUCAAGCAAUAGAUUACGAUUCAGACGAAGUAUAUUCCCCAGAUCGAAGUUUAUCUCCUGCAGCUGUUAUUUGCGAGCUAAAAGAUGGCGAACAGAAAAUAAUUAGCAAUGAGGAGAAACAUCCGGAAAUUGGCGAAAAGUGUCCGGAGGAAACCAAAACCAAUAAGCAGAAAUACCCUGAAAUAGGAGUAGAGAGUGCUGAGGAAACCAUAUCUGAUGAGCAGAAAUACCUCGAGUUUGUGAAAAGCCUUCCAGCCAAGCCCACAAAACAACAGUGUCAUCUGUGUGGUAAAACUGUGAACAGGUUAGCUAUCCAUUUGGCCAGUCAUGGUGCAGCCGAGCUGCAGUGCGAACUUUGUCCACACAAAUGCCCCAAUAAACGCCAGCUACAAGUACACAUGAAUAAGCACACGAAAAGGAUAGCCUAUACCUGCCGGAUAUGUGGGCGUGUUUUUUACAAUUGGACUUCUCGGAAAUAUCAUGAGCAAGCUCACUAUGCUAAAUUUAAUUGCGAUAAAUGUGAUGCAGUUUAUAAGAAUAGGGGUGCUCUGCAACAACACAUCAAACAUAUACAUAAUGGAAUUAAGCAUUUGGCUUGUACGAGCUGUUCAUUCAAGACGUUUGUUAAAUCCCGUCUGUUAAAUCAUGUGCGAAGCCUUCACACCAGCGAACGACCGUAUCGGUGUACUUUCUGUGAGACUACAGCAAACAGUUCUAACAGCUAUUAUACCCACUUCCAGCGACACAAAAAGAGCGGCGAAGCAACGGAAUACUCGAUGGUUUGCGCCUACUGUGAGCAGCACUUCAACAAGGAUGCAGCCCUCGAGAAGCACAUCUGCAAGGAACAUCCAGAUGUGGCCGUUGUAGUUUGAAUAUCAAUGUAUGGUUGUCGAUUUGUUCGAAAUACAUGUCGAUCUUAUAACGAUCAAAGAUAACUGGAUCAAGAUACCUAACUUCCAGAUUUUU